GUCACGCGCCUUGGACUUUAAAUAGAGGCUGCAGGGAGCGCAUGUAGAAUACUGUAUAACGGUCUGUGAGAGCAGUCGACUACUGGCUUCAACGACUUCUGCUCACGUUUAGAUUUUUUUUUCUCUGCUAAGUUUCCAAACAAGUUCUCAGACUUUUUUAAUUCAUUGAUCUCUUGCCGCUCUGCUGUUAUCUGGAUAACAUGGCCAGCUCGGGACUUCAGCUCCUCGGUUACUUCCUUGCAAUGAUCGGUCUCGCGGCCACGGUUGCCGCUACUUUGAUGGUUGAAUGGAAGAAGCAGUACCAGGGCAAAACUUACCGCAUCUAUGAGGGCUUGUGGAUGAGCUGCAGUGGCAAUGAGAGAACAACCUGUGAAUUUCACCAGUACCUCCUGAAGCUGCCACCUGAGGUCCAGGCUACCAGGGCCGUGAUGCUGGUCAGCAUCUUCCUCUCCUCUGUGGCGCUGAUGGUCUCCACCGUGGGAAUGAAGUGCACCCGCUUCAUGGACGGCAAAGCUGAGUUCAAAUCCACAGUAGCUAUGAUUGGAGGAAUCAUGUUCCUGAUUGCAGGUUUAUUGACCAUUACCAUGACUUCCUGGUAUGUCAAAAUGAUUGUCCAGAAAUCCUACGAAUACCAUAGCCUGACCAGCGCUGAGUUUGGUAAUGCCGUCUUUGUCAGCUGGGCUGGCGGCUUCUUCACUAUGGCUGGAGGGGCUUUCCUAAGCUGUCGGAGAUGCUCGGGGUCCCAGACUGGGUCCACCAGCUCCAACCACCUCCUCCCCACCACCUACCCUAAGUCAAACUACGUCUAGUGGAGGAGAGCAGGGGAGAGGCCCUGAUACAGUCAUUUCAGCGGUGAAUUUACAAACUGGAGCAGGUUGUGUUUUUACGAUGUGGAAAAGUCCAAAUGCAGGAUUAUAAAUACUACCUAUCGAACAUGAACACAGUUACCAGGAUCAGGAUUACACUCACGAUCAGGCUGUUUUUUACUGACUUUAAAUCCCAGUUUAUAGCUUGAGCUUUUCUAUUUUUGUUUGUUUGUUAUGGCGUCAGUCAUUGCAAUAGUUUCUGCUGCUAUCAGCUAUUUUUUUUUUUUUUCAUUCAGAGAAAUAAAAGAAAGGAUUACAUUUGUUAAUAAUUUCAAAAAUUCUAACUACAUAUUAUUAUAUAAAUUCUUUCAGGUCUACUGUAAAUGUCCUGAACUUUGUCAGCCUGUUUGUGUAAGUAUAACUAGCAAUGAAGAACACUUGAUUUUAUAGUUUAUUUAGACAUAAAGUUUUGACACUCCGUUGGCAAGAUUUCUGUAAAUGUUAUUGCUUUUCAAAUUCACACAGGUGUUUAUAUAAUGUUGUUUGUGUAUGUUAAUUAUAUGACUAAAGUUUUAUGUUCUUUGUUCUAUUUUCAUCUGUUUUUUAAAUUGUUAUCCGACACAUUAGAUAAAUCAAAUGUUUUGGUUUUCUUUACUCAGGUUUACCUUACU